UUGCCACCUCUGUAAAAAAAACGGUGCUACAGCGGGAUGUGAUGUAAAACGUUGUAAGCGCUCGUACCAUUAUCCCUGCGCCAUAGAGGAUCGUGCCAGAGCCCUUGAAGACCAUUUUAUACUGUUCUGUGAAUUACAUGAUCCAGAAUCCCCCCAAAAAAGUUCGCCAGACGGUCGAAGGCCUAACAUGAAAAGGCCUGACAGGAGAGAUUCUGAUUCAUCUACAGGGUCGUCAGAAGUGAAUUUGCCCAAAAAGAAGAAGAACGUGUCAUUUAUUUUGUUAGAUUCUGAUGAUGACACUGAAUAUUUGCAUCCUCCAGUAGAGUCAGAUAUAGAGGACUUUACACCUUCAAAUCAGAACAAUCCGUCAACUCCUGAUCCUGAAAGUAAAAGACCCUGUGCAAAGCCCAGUCCAUCAACCACAGAUACAAAUAAACACAGUGUGUGUUCAUUAAACUUAACGUCUGCUCAGAAGGCUUGUGGAUCAGCAGACAAUCCAGGAGCAUUGCAUGGCAUGAGUAAACGUUAUCCAUAUAUGUACAGAGCAUGUACGUUUCGAUCGCUAAAAGUGGGAACGCCCAGAAGGGGAAAAAAUAAACGCAUUCUAGACUCCGAUGAUGAAAGCCCAACCAGCACUGACCGUGUAGUAGCUCCAGGGGUGUCAGAUCUGGAGGACUCUAUGCUUCAAAAACAGCCCAAUCAGUCCACUCCUGUGCCUAAAAAAACAAGGCCGUGUGAAAAACUUAAUCCAUCAACCACAGAAGCUGACGAUGACACCGACAUUGAUUCAGAAGAGUCUCAGAGUAUGUUACCAUCAAAAACGUACCAUAUCACUAUUCCCUGUAGCGUUAUUUUGAACUCUGGUCUCUUUGCAGAAUCAGAGCACAGUCUAGAACCUUCUUCACCUGCCGGCGCAGCCCCAGCGGCUGUGUCUACCUCACCUGGGUCUGUCACUGCCCCUGAACAAAAGGAAACACCAUCCACAAACAGAACUUCUCCACCACCCAGAGCUCCAACCACUGACCCUGUCUCACCAGGUACCAUUUACUCUCUGCCUACCCUGGACUAUUUCAUCUGUGAUCACUCGGGUCAACCCGGGUCACCUCAGCAUUCAAGGCCCACUGUAGACGUUCCAGCAGUCCCUUCGACAGGGGUUUCUUCAUCACCAGGUCGUCUCGCUGCAGCAGAUGCUUCUGAUGUGGGUGCCACAGUGAAAUCUGAGUCCAGUGCCACCAUAUUUUGGACCAGAUGUAAUGAGGCCGGGUGGACUAACGAAAUCUUCUCAGAGCUUGUGUCUCAGCUGAGCAGCCUAGGAGAAAGAGUGCAGUCACAGAAAGCCAGCCACCAAGACUAUGAUGUUGCUCUCAAAGUGUUGGGGGCAUCUGGACGGCUGCCUUGCAUUAUUACUCAGCUGGAACAAGACCUGGAGAAAGAGGAACGGGAUUUGCGGAGGAAAGAAGCAGCACUGAGGGAUGCCAAAGCUGUACUAGAUGUUUAAUAUAAACAAUCUAACAGACUUUAGAUGUUUUAUUAUUUUUAGCAAUGAAUUUUUUCAAUGUUUAUUUUUUAAGUCCAGAACAUUUCUGCAGUUUGCCUAUGUUAUAUGUUUUUUUAAUGGGGGUUUACAGUAUGUCAGUGACAGAAAUAUUAUGAAAUAUGUCUGCAUAUGCCGUUUUGAUAUGAUCAUUCUUCUGUU